UAGUCAAAAGUCAUAUAGCCCACGUGUGUUGCGCGUCUGAUGAUUUGUCCAAUAGCCGUUGGCGCUGCUGAACCUGGUCUCAAUUUCCGUCAAGGUGAAAGAAACACUCAUCAGAGUCCGAAUCACCACCACCAUCACCACCGUCCCCAAAACCCUUCUUCAACCAUGUCCACAGAACAACCAUUCCAAGAACUCCAAAUCCCCGAGCAAAAGCUUCUCUCAAACGGCCUUCGCUUUCCCACCAUACUAUCUCCCUCCACCACAUCCUCACCUACACUCCCUCUAACCGCAACACACUCUAUCAAAACCCACAAACCCUAUCUCGAAUCCCUCCUCCUCCAAUCCGGCGCACUCAUCCUCCGAGGCCUCCCCCUCCAAACCGCCUCCCACUUCAACGACGUCGUCGAAGCCUUCGACUACGACGAGCUUCCCUACGUCGGCGGCGCCGCGCCGCGGACUAAUGUCAUCGGCCGUGUAUUCACCGCGAAUGAAUCGCCGCCGGAUCAGAAAAUCCCUUUUCAUCAUGAGAUGGCUCAGGUUCCGCAGUUUCCGUCGAAGUUGUUCUUUUUCUGUGAAGUUGAGCCGGGUGCCGGCGGUGAAACGCCGAUUGUUCUCAGUCAUGUUGUGUAUGAUAGGAUGAAGGAACGUUAUCCCGAGUUUGUGGAGAAACUUGAGGAGUUUGGUUUGUUGUAUGUUAGGGUUUUGGGUGAAGAUGAUAACCCGUCUUCUCCGAUUGGUAGAGGCUGGAAAUCAACGUUCUUGACGCAAGACAAAACCGUUGCUCAACAAAGGGCUAGUGAACUGGGUAUGACGUUGGAAUGGUUGGAAGAUGGAGUGAAAACGGUUAUGGGACCAAUUCCUGCAGUGAAAUAUGACGAAGUAAGAAAGCGUAAGAUUUGGUUUAAUAGCAUGGUGGCUGCUUACACUGGUUGGAAAGAUGAAAGAAAUGAUCCUGUUAAGGCUGUGACAUUUGGGGAUGGCAGCCCUUUACCUGCAGAUGUAGUGUAUGACUGUCUUAAGAUACUUGAGGAAGAAUCUGUUGCCAUUCCUUGGCGUAAAGGGGAUGUUAUGUUGCUUGAUAAUUGGGCUGUUCUUCAUUCUCGAAGACCCUUUGAUCCUCCUCGCAGGGUACUUGCUUCCCUUGUCAAGUAGGUUACCAAUUCUGACAUUGCACAGUAAUAAGGUCUGUUCUAGAUUAAAGCUACCCAAAAUUGUAAGUUGUAUUUGUAGUUUCACAUCAAUAGCAAGAUAUAUAUGGCAA